GAACACCGCCUCCAAACGCACCCCCUCCUUCUCACCCUCCGCAACGACGCCUCCUACACCGAAACCCGCCCGCACCUAUCCAUGGUGCCCGCGCACCGCGCCUCGCACUUCGUCGCAGGGACGCUCUCCGGAGCGAACAAGGUGACCGUGCCACCUUAUAUGUUCACCCGGACCAAGCCUUCUCCAACCGCGCAGCCAACAACGCAAACAGCCCCAGCCCUCCACGCCAAAGAAGGAGGAGGAGCUGCUGCUGCUGCUGCUGCUGGAAACACACCCAAAACGAAAGGCCAAGUAGCCCAAACCGUCUCCCUCUUCCACCUCGGCACGACCCUGAAUGGUCACCCGGGGUACGUGCACGGCGGCCUGCUGAGCGUCAUGUUCGAUGAGACCUUUGCGCGGUGCGUGGCGGCCUCGUUUCCUUCUGGGGUGGGGAUGACGGCGAAUCUGUCGGUGGAUUUCCGGAAGCCCGCGCUGCCGGAUCGGGUGUAUGUGCUGCGGGCGGAGACGGUCAAGGUGGAGGGGCGGAAGGCGUGGGUUGAGGGGACGUUGACUUCGCUUCCUAACCCUGAUUCUCCUGCUGCUGCUGGUGAGGGGGAAGAAGGGACGAUGGUGGCGGAGGCGAGGGCGUUGUUUAUUGAGCCUAGGUUUGCG